AUGUGGGGAGUCGUGAACAUUUCUCGUGACCCAGACGAGCCCAGAUGCAGGGAGUGUCACCGGCUGGACAAGCUUGAGCAGUGGCUGGAGUCAUCGAGGUGCAUCCGUGAGAUAGAGAACUAUGUGGACAGCACAUUCAAAGAGGUGGUCACAACCACAACAAAUUACAGGGUACAUGAAGCAGAUCGAUUAGUUCAUCACAGUGUACCGGCCUACUCCAUUGCACUGAGAACUGUUGGGUUUAAAAUGAAUGAAAGCCCAGGGCCUGCGCGAUACAAAGAUGUGGCAGUGUCGGGGCCGAAAAUCCCACACCUGAGAUCAGCGCCUGCCUACUCUAUGUUGCAGAAAACUGCAUUUGGUAGCAUGCUUAGUAAUAUUGUGAAGACCCCGGGCCCAUGCGCAUACAAACACGUGGAUACUGAUGUCUUCAAACCCAGAGCACCCAAGUACACCAUAAUGGAACGCAAUCUGAUUCCAGGAGACACUACAAUGAAACCAGGACCAGGUCGUUACAGGGCAGAAGAUGUGAACAUACAUAAACACUACCCCAAGUACACCUUUGGAAUCCACCACUCCGAGUACCUCGCACCCCUUAUUGUGACUCCCUCAGACUGAGAGCCCAGAGCACAGCCAGCCCCAAUCCCCCAGCACACUCUUACAAUCCUGAA